AUGACACGACGCACCUCAUCGACGCGCAAAAGCGUGGGCCAAGAACCUGUCACAUCGAUACUGCCUGCAGGCGACAUACCUUACGACCCCAAACAUUCUUGGAACCAGGAUGAAGAGACUCUAGCAGCUUUGGGCUACAAGCCGGAGUUCAAGCGAGAGUUCAAUCUCUGGACGACCUUCUGUGUGAGUUUCGCAGUGUUGGGUCUUUUGCCUAGUUUUGCCAGUACGCUGUACUAUGGUAUGGGAUAUGCUGGAACUGCUGGUAUGACUUGGGGCUGGCUAGUCGCCAUGAUAGGUAUCCAAUCUGUCGCCGCGUCUAUGGCAGAACUCUGCUCGUCGAUGCCAACAUCCGGCGGCUUGUACUAUGCCAGUUCGGUCCUCGCACCACCUGGCUGGGGGCCUCUCGCUGCAUGGAUUACAGGCUGGUCCAACUGGUUGGGUCAGGUCACCGGCGCUCCCUCAGUGAACUACGGUACCGCUGCUAUGACUUUGGCUGCAGCUUCCAUCGUCAAUCCUUCCUUCACACCGCAAAACUAUCAAGUCUACCUUCUGACGGUAUUGCUUAUGGUCAUCCAUGCCUGUAUGGCUAGUUUGCCGACUAAGACCAUUGCAAGGGUCAACAGUUUUGGAAGCUCGUUCAAUAUCGUGGCUUUGAUUGUGGUGUUGAUCCUCAUCCCUGCAGGCACGAACAGGCAAGAGAAGGAUCUACCAAGGUUUACGCCCAGUAAGGAGGUUUGGGGUGAUAUCUAUGCGGGCACGGAUUUCCCUGCUGGCGUCAGUAUCCUGAUGAGUUUUAUUGGUGUGAUCUGGACGAUGAGUGGCUACGACUCACCCUUUCAUCUAGCAGAAGAAUGCAGCAAUGCCGCCAUCGCCUCCCCGCGCGCAAUCUUCCUCACCUCAGCCGUUGGCGGCACCUUUGGCUGGUUCCUCCAACUCGUCGUCGCCUACACUGUCGUCUCCAUCCCCGACGCCUUGGAGUCAGACCUCGGCCAACCGUUUGCCGCCUACCUCGUCCAAGUCCUGCCUCAGAAAAUCGUGCUGGCUGUUCUUUCCCUCACCAUCAUUGCUGGCUUUUUCAUGGGACAGGGCUGCAUGAUUGCCGCCUCGAGAGUCACUUUUGCGUACGCCAGAGAUGAUUGUUUCCCCUUCAGCAAGAUCUGGAAACAGGUUAACCAGAGGACUAAGACGCCUGUCAAUGCGGUGUGGUUUAACACUUCCGUGGGGUGUCUUAUGCUGCUGCUUAUCUUUGGUGGACCUCUCGCUGCUGGAGCCAUGUUUUCUAUUGGCGCGAUCGCUGCUUUUGUGGCGUUCACCACUCCCAUCUUCAUCCGCGUGUUUUUCGUGGGCAACCGUUUCCGUCCUGGCCCAUGGAAUCUUGGAAAGCUGUCGAUUCCUGUCGGUAUGAUUGCGUCGGCUUUUGUCAUUCUCAUGGUGCCGAUUUUGUGUUUCCCUGCUGUGGUUGGAGCCAAUCUUACAGCGAAAAGCAUGAAUUGGACUUGUGUGGUUUAUGGAGGACCGAUGUGCAUGAUUAUGAUUUGGUGGGCUGUCAGCGCGAGGAAAUGGUUCAAGGGGCCUAAGGUUAAUGUUCAACAUUUGAUGUUGGGGAGGGAUGUUGAGGGUGCUGAUGUUUUGGUUGGGGAGGAUAUUGGUGGUGCAGAGACUGAGGAGAGAGGGGUUGUUGUUGAUGGAAAGGCUGCCGAGGCUGGUAAGGAUGGAGGGUACUAG